GCUUCUCCGGCUUCGUUCCGCCGACGCUCCAGGCGGACCCUCGGCAUCCUGCCGGGCUGGGCUGCCUACUUGGGCGGCCUGACGGCGCCCGGCGGACCAGCAUGGACAGCCCCGAGGUGACCUUCACCCUGGCGUACAUCGUGUUCUCCGUCUGCUUCGUCUUCACGCCCAACGAGUUCCACUCGGCGGGGCUGACCGUGCAGAACCUGCUGUCCGGCUGGCUGGGCAUCGAGGACGUGGCCUUCGUCCAGUACCACCUGCGCAGGACCACGGUCACCAUGCUGGUCCACUCGCUGCUGCCGCUGGGGUACUACCUUGGCAUGUGCUUCGCGGCAGCCGAAAAGCAACUGUAUAUUUCAACCAGCCCCGAAGGCUGGAAGGUGUUCCUUCUACUUUCAGUCUCCUUCCCCACCGUCACCUGCACCAUCGCUUACUACUGGUCCCGGAACAGGUGGGAGCGCCACCCACUAGCCCGGACUCUGGCGCUCCAUGCCCUCCCACAGUCAGGGUGGCGAGCGGUGGCCUCCUCCAUCAACACAGAGUUCCGCCGCAUUGACAAGUUUGCCACGGGGGCUCUGGGCGCCCGGGUGAUUGUGACCGACACCUGGGUGAUGAAGGUGACCACCUAUCACAUCCACGUGGCUCAACAGCAGGACAUCCACCUGACAGUGACAGAGUCACGCCAGCACGAGCUCUCGCCAGACUCCAAUCUGCCUGUCCAGUUUCUCACCAUCCGAGUGGCCAGCAUCAAUCCUCUCGUCAAAGCCUUUGACAUUCGGUUGAAUUCUACAGAGUACGGUGAACUUCGUGAGAAACUCCAUGCCCCCAUCCGCAAUGCCGCCAACGUCGUAAUCCACCAGAGCCUCGGUGACUUGUUUCUGGAAACAUUUACAUCCUUGGUGGAAAUCAACCCAUCUUAUUCUAUUCCCAGCAACCAGGAGCUGGAGCCUUGCAUUGGCUGCAUGCAGAUAAGUGCCAACAUUAAGCUGGUGAAGAACUGUCAGGAGUCAGACGAGGGUGAGUGCCAGCAGUGUUACUGCCGCCCCAUGUGGUGUCUGACCUGCAUGGGGAAGUGGUUCGCCAGCCGUCAGGACCAGCAGCACCCGGAGACCUGGCUGUCUAGCCAAGUGCCUUGCCCCACCUGCAGGGCCAAAUUCUGCAUCCUGGAUGUUUGCAUCAUCCGCUGACCGUCCUCGAGCAGGGAUGUGCUCCUGCGGUCGGCUCCGGUCGGGGAGCUGUUCGUGAGCUCUGCACUCCAGGCCAAGGCCCAUCUCAGUAUCACCAUCCCCCUUCUGUUUGGGAAGCUCGGCAGGCCUCUCCCCUCUAAACUCCUCAGGCCUGUCCUUGCCCUCCAAACACCAGCCCUUCUCAGGGGGCUGUUUGUUUCACCUUGUUCCCAGACAAGGGGAGGGAGGAGAGGCUGGGCAAGGCUCUAACUUCCAGACUUUGGAAUGAAGAGGUGAUGCCUCCACCCCACCCCACCCUCUUUCUCUCUCCACACUUCAUACAUAAUGAAGGAUUCCAGGGCAAUUGCCCAUCAUCCUCUGUGUGACUAGACUAGCAAAGGGCUAUUUUUUUUAAGUAACAAGUCAGACACUGUCCCUGACAGGAACUGAGCUUUCUUUUACUGAAGCUGUUUUUAAAAGUUCAUUCUUCAUGAUUUUUGCACAAGUAUAUAUGUGCAAAUUAUAUACUUUAUAUACUUUAUACAAGUAUAUACUUCCUCAUGCACAUUUUGCGCCUGUACCUGCCCACACACAUGUACAGGAUAGGCAUGGCUUCUAGGCCUGCACUUGUCAAAUUGGUAUCAUUUCAGUGGGUAGUUUAAUCCUAGUUUCUGUUUUAUUUGACCUCUCUCUGUCCCGUCCCAGCCCUGCACCUCCCUUCCUCUUGCCUCUCUUUCCCUAUCUCUCCCACCCAUGUGUUUUGUGCUAGAUAAUCCACUGUAGGUAAAAGGAAAGAGGGCUAAGUCUUCUGUAGCAAAAUACAGUUUCCACAGCUUCAGUAACCAUAGUUUUAAAUGCAACCAUUUCUUCCAUACCACCCCCAAACUACAGUCCUAAAGUUCAGUGCUUUGGAUUGACCAGUUUUUAAAGUCACUUCUCAGCACAACUGUUAGGGACAAGAGCAAGCACCUUAAUUAUCUAUAAUACAAAAGUCUAUACCAUAAAGGUAUUUAAUUUUUUUAAAGGUAUUUUAAAGGACAAGACUAAGUAAGAUAAAAAAAAAAGCCUGCAACUUUGGGACAAAAAGCAAUCAAUUUCAUCAUCUAAAUACAAAGAAGGCUCUUCCACUCUUUGCAGGGGAUGCAGUAUUUCUAGCCACGUUAGAUCCAUUUGAUUGUUAGGCCUCUUUCCUAGCAUUUACCAUGUUGGGCAAUUGAAAGAGGAUCCCUUAGCAUAAAAGAUAUGAACACUGUCAUUCCAAUAAAAAGUAGGAAUCAUGUG